GUCCUUUAGAGGGAUGGGAUCUAGCCGCUACUCUAAACGGACAGAGCUUAGUCGGUAUAGAAGAUCUGCCAGGUGUGAUGAUGUGACACAGCACUGACAGCAGGGUGCUGCAUGUGUCAGUGAGCCAUGUCAACAAGGCGCUGCGCCUGUGUGCGGAUUGUUCUCAUGAGACUGAAGCCUGAUACUUUCCUGGGCAAAAUAAACAAGUAGCAUGUUGCAGCUACAUGCAGCUCUGCUGCAAAUUUGUCAUCUGAUAUUGAUGGUAUCAUCUAUUCAGAAACCACCAAAGAACGUCAGACUCAUUUCUGAAAAUUUUCAACAUAACUUGACCUGGGAGGAUGAAAGGAGUGAAUCUUCCACCUACUAUUCUGUAUGGUUUAAAAAAGACACGGGCCAUUGGUAUCCUGUUAAAGAAUGUUCUAAUUUGACCAUCUGGUUUUGUGAGCUGACUGAUUAUUUUACUGACCUUCAUGGAACUUAUGUUGCAGGGGUUAAAAGUUUUAGAAACAAUGAUACAUCAAACUUCUCAUUGUCUAAAGAGUUAAUUCCUUUGGAAAGCACCCAACUGGGACCACCGAUAGUUCAUGUUUCUGCCUGUGAAAAUGCUAUCAAUCUUACCAUACAGCCUCCUGUAUCUCACAUAAAGAGUAGCAAUGGAAAAAGCACACAAUCUAUGUUGAAUAAAUAUGUUUACCCUUUAUUGACUUACACAAUUAAUGUGGUACAACCAAACAAGAUACAACAGCAGCCUAUGAAUCAAAAAGAAGAGGCUUUUCAAGAAAUAUAUGCAACCACUAUACCUAACUUGAUUCCAAACACGAAUUACUGUGUAUCUGUUGCUGUAUCUGCAAUUGCAAAUUUACAUACCAAUCCUAUACCAUCUGCCUUCCAAUGUAUCCUCACAAAAUCCAGCCCUAAAGCAGAUAUUACAGAUAAAUCAUACAUAAUUGGAGCUGUUAUUGGUGGGAUAGUCCUUUUAAUUGGAUUAAUUAUCAUUUUGAUUGCACUGGACAGAGCUGGAUAUCUCUGCAUGAAUAUUGGGUUCUUCCCCAAAGUUUUGAAAUCUGUUCCAAAGGCGUCACACAGUGGAUUAUUACAAAUUAAUGAGAACAUUUGCUCGGCAUAUGCCGUGCCUGUUACGUUAAUAAACAAACUAGAAGAUCAAAAAGAGAAUGAGGAGGAUUCUUGUGAUCAAGGGUAUGCACAGAGAAAGACAUUUUUGGAUAAUGCAGAAAGUGACGUGACUGGAGGGGAUACUAGUGCACUUUCCUUUACCCCAGCCUCGUCAUCAGCGGAGUCUAGUGGCCAAGUCUGUGAUUCUGUAGCAGAAGAGGCGAUUCAUAAAGUGCAACCGCUUAUCUUAGACAAUAAUGACAGUUGUCCUGCAAAUGCUGUCGAUUUUAAAAACACUUCAAAACUUUCAUUCAAUUCUAAUUCAGUUUUUAAUAUCAAUUUAAAUUCUGUAUUAGUAGGGAACCCAGAAGAUCUUUGGACUGGUUUCAAGAAGCACACGUCUCAGAGAAAUGAUCUCAAGACUUCUCCAGUCCUACAGGAGCAUGGAAGUGCCCUAGCUGUACACAAGCCAACUAUUUUGUCAAACUUGCUAAGUUUAGAUGCUACAGGAAUCCUUUCUUCUCAAGAAUCUAUUUCUGAAGACUAUGUUAGUUCAGAAUCUGGUGAUGCAUCUGAUGCUGAUGAACAUAUUGUUUCAGGUUACAUGAGGAGAGGCUCAUAAUGUAACAGCUUGAAGACAAAUGUAUUAUCCAUGCAAAGUAUUGACAUAUCAAGUAGAUGCAACUAAAGAUGGCCAUUUUGGCGUUAUCUUUUUAAAUUACUCUAUACUGUAUACAUUCAUUUUACAAAUAUAACAUUUGUGGUAAUUUA